AUGUUGAUAAACAGGGAAACAAAUUACACAAAUCUGGAAAUAAUACCCGUCUGGAUUCAUCCCCUAGAAGAGAUGCGGGCUGUGAAACCACUCUGUUCAGAGGAGGUAUUGAGAGUAAUCGCUCUAUUAGAAGAUCCUGCAUCGGACCCGUCUGAUGAUUUACUCGAUCCUUGUAUAUUUGCUUUGGAACAACAUUCUGAUGAUAACUCAGAGCCAGAACAAGCAUCUGACUCUGAGUGGGAAGAUGAAGUCGAAACACUCUGUGAACCAACAGAGCUUUGUUUUUACCACAUAUACUACAAGCCCGGAAACGGGUCACCACCGGAAAAGACGUCACGGAUACCAAUAUCCGUAUGGAUAUUUGGUGUGAAGCUCCAAGGAAUCUUGGAUGCUGGCAGUGAGAGGUCUUACAUUAACGAAAAAGUGUAUGAGGACAUCAAACAUCUAGCUGCUGGUGAGCUCCAGGACGAUCAAACGAAGGAAGGAGUGCUUCUUGCUUAUCACUCUACUUGUAAAAGUAGAGGUGGAGCCCCUUUCAUAAUUCAAGUCGGAUCUGUCGCUGGGGAACAAUAUUUGAGUGUAUUACCCGACCUAGGUUAUUCCUUGGUUCUGGGGAUGGACUUCGCGACCAAAUUCGAGGUCCAAAUCGACUGCAAGAACAGCACGUGGAAAUUUUCGGAUUCUCCAGAAGUCUUUCUGUUCCAACCUAUCAACUGUCAUGAGAAGUCAGCACAUUUAUGUGCUAUGUCUGAACUUCAAGAGGUAAAAUUAAAACACUUUCUGGAGACUGAGUUGAGAAAAUUUGAUGAAGUGUCGAAUCUAGGAGCAAUUAAAAUUAUUCAACAUGAAAUUAAAAUCCUGGAAGAUCUUCUUUAUUAUAGAAGACCCGAUCCUCUUAAGGAGAUCCUGGGUGACGAGGAUGAGUGGAAAAAGGUACUGACAGAUCACAAAGUACCAGAAACACUAAGAAGGAAUCACGUGGAACCAGAUGCUGGUCAUCUCGGUCGUGAUAAAAUGUACGAGCGCAUUAAGACCAAGUUUUACUGA